AUGCAUAGCCCCGAGCAUUACUGGGAUACCGAACAUUUCUUUCUUGGGGACUUUGAGCUCUCAAUGGAUACCAAUAGCCCUGGUUUUCAGGAUGAAAUUUUCAGUAAUGCGAUUCCACCAUGGGAAUAUUGCUCACCAGAACGACUUCAUGGAAAGAAGCCACGUACUGCUUGCGAUAUGUGGAGCUACAUGAUACUUUUUACUCGACUCUGGUGCGGAAUUGCCCCUUUCACUCCCUAUCUAGAGGGCGGGGUUAUGACGGGUAUCACUAUCUAUCUAGGCCGCCUACCCUAUAGUUGGAAGAGUGAUUAUUGCUGGCCUAAGACACGCUGUGAUAAAUGGUACAGUGAUGCAGACAAACCUAUGCAAGAAAACGAUUUUGUACCCGCGCCCGCCUCCAUUAUGAAACAGGCCUGUCCGAGCAAUGACCCCGUAAUGGCAGAUGAGGCGGCGGUCAAUACGGCCAAGGUAUUCAUCUACGAAUCCGAGAAACGCCCGUCCGCAAACGAUCUUCUAUGGGACCCCAGACUUCACCAUAUUCCUAAAAAAUAG